GCUAGCGCAGCUGAGAGCGGCUAAUUCUGUGUUGGCGGGACACCGAGUCGGCAUGUAAGAGACGGGAGAGGAUAGCCGUCUGGUCGCCAAGCUGUUGUCAUGGGCAACGCCCCGGCCAAGGGGCCGCAACAGAAGAACAAGGCUCAGAAGAAAUAUGUGCACUGGGACCAAGCAGUGCCACCGUGGCCCCCCGGGAAACCGCACCUCGUCCCCGGAUCUCCCAAUACCCAGCCGAACGUUGUGACGAUCCGGUGGGAUCCACCACCUGAUGAUGGAGGCGCCCCGAUCACAGGGUACGUGGUGGAGCACCGCAAGGCGGGGACGCCGAACUGGAUUCGUGCCACGACGGAUCUGGUGCUGCAGCCGGAGCUGGAGCUGAGUGGCCUUGAGCCAGGAUGGCGCUACCAGUUCCGGGUAACUGCAGAGAAUGCGGCGGAUCUGCUGUCGGAUCCAGGGGAGCUGUCGCAGCCUCUAACUGUUGCCCGAGCAUACCGUCCUGCCACAAUGGCGCCGCAGUUCAGCCUCGAGCUCCGGGACACGGUGACCCUAGAAAACGAAAAGGCCCAGUUUAUUGUUCACUUCCACGGGAUACCAACCCCUAAAAUUGCGUGGUACAAGGACAGUUUUGAGAUUUUUAGCAGCAGGAGGAUGCGAGUCAUUGUCGAGAACGAUAUGAGUUCUCUUAUUAUCCACCAGACGGCGUUCUCGGACGAAGGAGAAUACAAAUGCGCGGCAACCAACCGCGCAGGCCACAUUAUCACCAAGGCCAAGUUACGGCUAGAAGCGCCUCCUCGUAUUCGCAUACCGCGCCAAUAUGAGGACGGCCUCAUCUUUGAGAAGGACGAGGUAAUCCGCUUGAAGGUGUCAGUGGCAGGGCGGCCUCUGCCUCGGGCCACGUGGUACCACAACGGUGAGCCGAUCCCUUUCGGAGGACGCUACGAGGUGAGCAACACUGAUCGUUCCUCCGGGCUUAGGAUCUCCGAGGCUCGGCGAGCAGACCGUGGCGAGUACCAGGUGCGUGCCAGCAGCCGACUCGGAGAACACGUCGUGUCCUUCCUGGUUACCGUCACAGACCGCCCAUUGCCACCCGGAAGAGCAGUCGUGGUGUCUGUUGCGGGCCGCUCUGUGACCCUGUCUUGGUCGGAGCCAGACGACGACGGUGGCUGCAAGAUUGGCAACUACAUCGUCGAGUAUUAUAGGCUCGGAUGGAACGUGUGGUUGAAGGCUGCCACCUGCCGUCACCUGACGACCACCCUGGCAGAUCUGAUUGAAGGGUCCGAGUACAAGUUCCGAGUGAAGGCGGAAAACCCUUACGGUGUCAGCGACCCUAGUCUCGAAUCAGAAGCCGUGUUUGUUCCUGAUCCGAAACGAGGGUUGUUGGAGCCCCCAGCUCGAGGUAUCGGAAACCGAACUGACAUUCCCCUGCCUGACCAACCGGACAACAAGCAACGGGAACAUAAGCGUUCAAAAGAUUCCUUAGUGGGGAAGGACAAAGAGACACAGGAGAUUAACAAGAGUAAGGAAAAUGAGGAGAAGAUUGUAGUUUCUGACAAAGAAGCUGUUGACAGGAAGAAAUUAAAGAGCGAGUUAACUGAAAGGAUUGAAGAGAGACGUUCAGUAAAUCAACACGAAAUUCCAGAUGUUACAAGAAGGAAGAAUAGAGAGAGCGAAAUUCCUGAAGCUGUGAGAAGGCAAAGAGAGACCAGUAGAGAUGAGCUGGAAUUAGAGAAUAUCUGGACCCCACGGCCUCGAUCUUGGGAAGCCCCGACAGAAUCCGAGAAGGGUUUGAAGGCCUCGCUACAAUUUUCUGUUGCCAGAAGACGAGAGAGCUCUGGGGAACACGACUCUGGCGUGUCGGAGGGGAGUUUCAAUGACGGCAAGCAGAAUUUCACAUCUCCACUCCUUCCUCGAGAGGACGACAGUCUUCUGCAUGGCAGUUCUGAAUUGAUGCUAGUCCUCCUGCCUGAGACAAGGGACAUGCGCAGUGAAAAAGAUGCCGAACGGAACACGAAUUUCGCGAUUUUCGGGGAUUCCAGUAUACCGCCUCCGCUGUCUCUGUCGGCUCCGGAGAUUGGAGGUGGUGAGCCUUGGGUGACCUCUCCAUUGCGGAAUGCUGUCAGCUCCACAGAGCUCCUUCACGAGCAGGCCAUGGCGAGAUUCUACCAGGCAGUGGCUGCGGAGGAGGCGGAAAAGGCGCGGCAGAGGAAGGAGGUCACGAACGAAAAAUCUGCAGAGCCUUCCAUCAGUUGGAAAGUAGCUGUAGAGUUUUCUAGGAAAGUGCAGGAACAUCCACCAAUACAAGAGCUGACGUGGCACCAAAGAAAGCAAAGGACAGUGCAAGACAGGCGGGCCAGUUUGGAAGCCGCGUCUCAUACGACGAGAUCAUUGCCACAGCCUGAGUUUGACAUGAAGUCGACACUGAGCCGGAAGGAGCCUGCUAAAAUUACCACUGAGGAAGAAGAGGAUACAGUGUUUGAAGCGAUACGGAUAAAAACAGCAACUGAAGUAGCUGAAAGUAAAUAUCACUCCACUUUGGGUCACAGGGAAGAGGAAAGGAUUAAAACAAAAGCACGUGAAAAGGGGGAAGAAAUACAGGAAAGAGACUGGAAAGUGAAAUUUCAAGAAGAGGACGAGGGGGAUGUUGAGGAGGAAGAAUUAGGAGAAGAAUUAUAUGAAGAUGAAGAAUUAGAAGAAGAAGAAUCAUUAGAAGAGGAGAGCAGUGAAUUUGACGAAGAAGAAGAGCUGUACAAGAGUAUGGAAGAAGAAGAGGAGAUAUACCAUCCUAGCAGCUUAGGCACCCGCCACAUUGAAAGGUUCGCCGAACAGGAAGACGAUACUUAUCAUCCAAGGGAUAUGGUUCCUUAUGCGUCUAGUGUAGAGGUUCCUCUGGCAAGAGCCUCAGAGUGGCAACAUACAGCAUGGUCCACCGACGAUGCCACUACUGCCCUAAAAUCUAUCUUGAAGCACAACAGCAAAUUCCAAGAGGACUUGGAAGAUACGAGACACGAGUUGUCUAUACGAGAACUGGAACGCAGUCCUCCGAAGUCAUUUCGAGAGAGUCUACCGAAAGACUUGGUGCCUUCUUCUAUUUCUGAGAGACAUUCUCACUGGCCAUCAUCUCCUUUCGAGCCACGGAGUCCUGAACUGCCUCAACCUGUAGAACAACAAGUAUAUAAUGCAGAAGAAUUUCGAGUGCAGGACGAUAUAAGAUCAAUACCUUCAAAAUCCGCACCUUUCUUACAGCAGAUCGCUAGUUCUACAAUCGAAUCUCGGAUUUCACCAACAAGACCUAACACCCAUAUAGCAGCUCCCAUCAUCUUUGCAACAGAAAGAACCAUCCACACAGGAACACCGGCUGCUUUAUCCGCAGAAGCGUCCAAGAAUAAACUAAUGCUAAUAAGUAAAUCCUCUAACGAAGAGGACACAGAGGCGAGUAGAGCGGUGGCCGACUACUACGGAGACAUCAUUCGUGAUCAUGCUCGUCCGAAGAAAACUAUCAGACAGUACCUCAACACUGCGGAAAUGAAGGCUGCUGCUUCGAUGUCACAGAACCAGGGGGAAAAUUUACCGACACCCACUCCUCAGGUAUCGCGAACACCAGAGGCAGAACCAGAGUUAGAAUUUAGUUUGGAGGAGCAAGUAGUUACAGCAGAGCAGAGUUCAUAUAACAAAUUUACUGCUCAAGUUACAGCAGAGAAGGGUGCACCUGACAGACACACUGCUCCAGUUACAGCAGAGAAGAGUGCACGUAACAGAUACACUGCUCCAGUUACGGCAAAGCAGAGCACGCAUGACAGAUACACUGCUCCAGUUACAUCAGAGCAGAGUUCAUAUAACAAAUUUACUGCUCCAGUUACAGCAGAGCAGAGCACACAUGACAAAUACACUGCUCCAGUUAUAGCAGAGCAGAGCACGCAUGACAGAUACACUGCUCCAGUUACAGCAGAGAAGAGCACACAUGACAGAUACACUGCUCCAGUUACUGCAGAGAAGCAUGCGCGUGACAGAUAUACAGCUCCAGUUACAGCAGAGAAGAAUACAUAUGACACAUACACAGCUCCUACUACAACAAAGAAAAGUGCAUCUGACAGAUAUACUGGUCCAGUUACAGCAGAGCAGAAUUUAUAUGGUGGAUACGCUUCUCCAAUUACAGCAGAGCAGAGAGAAUAUGAUAGAUGUAUUACUCCAGUUCAGCAACCACCAACACGGUGUAGAAAAUCCAGAACUCCUGAUCUUGUUCGCAGUCGACAAUCUUCGAAAGAUCGUUCUCGUGUGCCUUCAACAGAGCGAUUUCCUGCCGAACUGCCCAGACGCUUUCCAGGCUUCGAACACCGUUUCUUCCCGGAGAGGCAUGGACCCGAAGAACCCGAGAAUUCGCGUGCCGUCUUUCCUAAGCAGGAUGAACAGUUGCAAGUGGCAAAAAGGAAAUGGCGCUCAGUUGUCGGCUACCUUGCAGACUUCGCCAUGUUUCUCGUGGCUUGUUGGCUGUACGCCUUCAAGGAUGAACGCCUAGCAAUUCCAGUCCUAGUCCUCAUGGUAUACCGACAAUUGCAAAAAGCCAUACAGAGAAGAUUACCAAAAUUACCUUCAUUACCUUGGAAACGGAGCAGUUAAUAAUACUGCAGACAUUAUGCAUAUCUGGAACUGUGAUUGUGUCAAGUUUCGUUUUGACUUAUUCCAUUAAACUGAACUUUGUAUGCAACAGAGCCAGUCAUCAGGGGGCUAAAUCUGUACAUGUAUCUUGUGGUCCAAUUAAUGGUAGUUUGCAGCAGCGAGUGGCGCCGUACUCCUUACAGUUCUCCUUGUAUAUGAAAAGUUUCUUUUAGACUAAUUUACUUAAAAAAUCUCUAAGAUUUCUUUUCAUUAGUUCAAGGUACAAUGCUAAGCUUGUCGAUGAACUGGAGACUGGUUAGUCUGUUAGUUGUGUAGCUGUAGAAAGUAAGGUCGGGAGGGGUAGAAGUUCUGUACCUCUCGUCAAAGUUGUAAUAAAAUUAACGUAAAAACGCUCCGUCUGUUGCAGCGCAACACGUUUAUCACGAAUAAUAACUAAAGAAAAUAUUAAUAUAUUUGUUUUAUUAUUCAACUAAUUUUAAUUUCCAGAAAUUCAAUAUAUUUUCGGACAGAUGCAAUAAUUUUACUGAUCGAUUGAUGGGCCAAAUAUGAAGAAGUGGUGUGGCUCUUCACUAGAGUGCCUUUUUCAAAUCUUAAUAAUUCUACAGUUAUUCUGAUACAUUUACCUACAUAUGUAAAUAUAAAACUUUAUGUAAUAUCUCCAGCAGUUGCAUUUACCGAAGUCACUGCAACGUGCAAAGUUCUGACAUUGUAUCAAUGUUACGUCACUCUAAAUCAAAUGGAUAUUGGCAAUAUACUUGUGCAUAGAAUAUCUCAAAGGUAGCAGGCGUACAUCCAGCUGAAUAAUACAUUAGUUGCACCAUUUCCUUAUCUUAAAGACGUGCAAAUCACGGUCUCCAAUUGUGAGUGAAAAGCGCCCUAAUCUUAAUCCAGAAUUCCUUUCCAUUUAAUAAAUUUUAAUUUUGUGCUGGCGAUUUUCUUGUAUUUUAAGGAACCCCAGCAGAUUCCAGAAAUUAGUUAUUGGACCUGGCAAGGUAAGAAAUAAAGUUUUCUGCCCAUGCUACCUAAAAUGGUUUGCGAAGAAAGACACAAUAUGCCAGUGUUAUGUUCACGUUCUUAAAAAAUGUAUUCUACAAAUUAAAGAAUGAGUUUAUAAGUCCAUAGUUAUUAGAUCCCAGUCGAAGUGUAACAAGAUUGUGUAAGUAUAUUUAUGUAUUAUUGUUCAAACGGUCAAUAAAUAUGGCGUUAAAAUUAA